UUACUUCAAAUAAUUAGAAUUUAUCUAAGGUUAUAUAAAUAAAUAUUGUUUUUUUAUUUUCUGUGACGAAUUUCAAAUCAAAUUAUGAAAUAAAGUACUGAAUAAAUAUUAAUAAAUAAAUAAUGGCAUUUUUGAAAGGUUGGCGAUAUGCCGCCUUCAUUGGUGGAUUUGUUGGUUUCAUAGGACUCACACUUUAUCCUAUAAUUAUAAGUCCUAUGUUAGAUGCUUCACAAUAUAAAGAAAUUCAAAAAGAAACAAGGAAAAAUAUAAAUAGGGAACAAGUUCAGCCUGGAAAUAUGAAAGUUUGGACAGAUCCAUUUGACAGAAAAAAACCUGAAACAUAAGAGUAAUUAUGAAUUCGUCGUCGUCUCCCACCUGGAAAAUAAAAAAUAUUCGUAAUUACCUACUAUAUAAGCUUGAGAUGAGUUUAGUGAAACAGGAGACUGGAGAAGUAUGUGAGGACUUUUGGUACAUGAUGUCUAACCAUAUCUUUAAUAAACGAAUUGACUAAAUUACUUCUAUAUCAGUUCUUUGCUUUUAUAUUGACGUACUUAAUUAAGUGAAUG